CUGGGCGCGGCGCCGCGCUCCCUGCGCGCCGUCGACCGCCUCUGCCGCAAGGUGCUGCAACGUCGCGACGAUUCGGAGCUCCGAUCUUAGCGGAAACCCUGUAUCUACACAGACAUGCCGGACUGGAGUGUGUAGGGCUGUGUUCGUGCAGAGAAUGAUGCGGUGGCCCCUUGUUGUACGUCUGAAUACAAAUGUGGCGGCGGUGGAGCGUCUCCUGGGGCGCGAGGGCGACGCCGGCGCCUACGCCGCCGUGCGUGUGGCACUGCGCAACGCCCUGCUCGCCCUCAGCCUCCUCUACCUGCUGCUGUUCGGCUUCAACCACGUCAUGUGGACCAGACUGAAGGCGCCCUCCGCCAGCAUCGCGCUCAUCGAGUGCAUAGUGUAUCCGUGCACCACUGUUGAGAUGGUGAACUGCUUCCAGUUCGUGUGCCUGGCUCUGUACAUCAGGGGCCGUCUGAGGGACAUGCACUCGCAAUUAAAGCGCGCUUUGACGACGCUGAGUGAGAAGGCGCGUCCGGUGUGGGGGAUCGCUCCGUUGCAUCCCGCGCUGGAGCGGGCGGAGGCGCUGCCGGCCGUGCGCCGCCUGUGCGACUGCUACGAGCUGCUGGCCGAGCUGUGCGAGCUGGCGAACGCGCUCUUCGGGCUGACGACGUUGCUGGACCUGGCGGUGUCGCUGGUGUACGUGGUGGCGGCGCUGUACCUGGUGCUGUCGCUAGUGCUGCUGGAGCGGGCGCUGCCUGGCGGGCAACGCGGGCUGCAUGCGGCGCUCAACGCGCUCUGGGCGGCGCUGCCGGCGGCCAAGGUGGUAGCGGCGCUGCGGCAGCUGCUGCGUCUGGCGCGCCGCCGCCGCCCGCGCUUCUCGGCCGCGGGCCUCGUGGACGUGGAGCCGCGCGCGCUCGCGCCCAUCGCCGCCACCGCCGCCACCUACGUCAUCGUGCUGCUGCAGUUCCACGGCCCCCAGCACGCCUCGCCGCCGCCCUAG